UGUUUCUAUCUUCUUACUUUCCAAGCCCAGCUCUUAGUGGAAACGGACACAUUUGGCAGCCAAGUCAGGAUCAAGGGGAAGGAAACAGACCAUUACCUCUGCAUGAACAAGAAAGGAAAGCUAGUGGGAAAGCUCAGUGACAGAAGCAAGGAAUGUGUCUUCAUCGAGAUAGUGCUGGAGAAUAACUACACGGCCCUGAUGUCUGCGAAAUAUACAGGCUGGUAUGUAGGCUUCACCAAGAAGGGCAGGCCACGGAAAGGGCCCAAGACUCAAGAAAACCAACAAGAAGUGCAUUUCAUGAAAAGAUACCCGAAGAUUCAGGGAGAGACCCAGGCACCAUUUAAGUUUACCACGGUUAAUAAGAGAACUAAACGGAUACGCCCUUUGAAUUCCAGUUAGAGGACCUCACAGAUCAUGAACUGUCCCAGAGCAUUAUUUUUGCAUCAUUAUUAUUAAUAAGAAACAGAAGGAUGAUCUAUUUUUGUAUAUUGUACGACAGGUUGGGGGUGCUGGGAAAGGGAAGAGUUGUAUGUAUUUGUUCCGACCCUUUUUAAUGUAAUCAACCUGUCUUAUUUAAAGGAAAGCUGUUGAUUUGAACAAUUGGAACAAAAAAAAAUGCAAGAAAGAAGAGAGAAAUAAAAAUAUAUAAUUCAUGGGACUACGGCCCCUCUUUACCGAUUGGUAGUUUUCUGAGGGGAAAAGAAAAAUAUAUAGAGGACGUUGACGAAUAUGCAAGUCUGACUUGUCUGGAGAUAGUGUGUUGCCUAUUGAUUCUUCUGGAAGUAUGAAAAUACAACAAACUUAAAGUUUUAUUGGAUCUCAAGCGCUUCUCAAGGCAACGAAGCUAUUAUUUUUUUCCAAAAUAUGACUGUAUCUUGUCCUCUGUUCUGGACAGUUUUACAGAUUGCUGCUACACAUUGAAAGAGAGACUUUUUGUUUCAGUUAAAGCUAUGUAAUGAGCAAAUAUUUAUUUCCUCUCUAUGUAUAAUACAGAUCCCUUGAAGCAAACUAUACUGUCUCAGUGAUUAAAUGCAAGAACAUAUUUAAAACGUUGUUGUGGGUCAUGCACAGCCUGGUUCCGUUCUGGUUUUAGAGUUUUCCCAAGUGGCCUGGCCGUACAUUUGUCCCACGACCAAUCUGAGCUCAACAGAUUUUCUGGCCAAUUGCUUCAUUGCUUUUGUGGAAUUAUUGCGUGUUGCAUUUCUCACGUUGCAGGUAUGACCAUCCGCCCUCAGCAU